AUGGAAGAAAAGGCUCAAAAGAAAACUUCGUUCGUCACAGACCGAGGCACAUACUGUUACAAAGUCAUGCCAUUCGGACGGAAGAACGCAGGAGCCACCUAUCAGCGUUUGGUCAACUUCAUGUUCCAGAACCAGUUAGGGAGGAAUGUAGAAGCCUACGUUGAUGACAUGAUUGUGAAAAGCCUGACAGCAGAGGAACACGCCCAAGACUUAGAAGAAACCUUCAAAGUUCUGAACAAGUUCGGAAUGAAACUCAACCCAGCAAAAUGUGCUUUUGGUGUAAAGGCAGGGAAAUUCCUAGGCUAUCUGAUUAGCCAACGAGGAAUAGAGGCAAACCCGGAAAAAAUCCAAGCAGUGAUGGAUAUGAAGGCCCCCCGAAGUCUCCGGAACAUGAAGAAAUUCAAAUGGGGCGAGGAUUGCCAAGCCGCGUUUGAAGAAUUGAAAUCAUUUUUGACUAACCCGCCCCUACUGAGUAGGCCCAUAGCCGGGGAGAACCUGUACCUGUACUUAUCGGUAGGGAGAGAGACUAUCGCCUCAGUACUCGUACGAGAAGAAGAGGAGGAACAAAGGCCAAUCUACUACAUAAACAGAACGCUAAAAGGGGCAGAGCUCAAUUACCCAACCAUCGACAAACUCGCACUCGCCGUAGUCAUAACUACUAAUAAGCUCAAACCAUAUUUCCAAGGACACACAGUUUUAGUACGCACAAACCAGCCUUUGAGGAAAGCACUCUAUCGACCUGAGACCUCGGGACAAUUGGUCAGUUGGUCAGUACAAUUGGGAGAGCACGACAUCAGGUAUGAACCGAGGACCACCUUGAAGGCCCAAGCACUCGCGGAUUUCGUGGCUGAAAUGACAGAGAAGCCAUGCGACUCAGCAACCGAGGAGUUAACAUGGAACCUAUUUGUAGACGAAGCCUCCAGUGACCAAGGAGCCGGAGCAGGCAUAGUCCUAUUAGGACCUCACAAAAUCGCAAUUGAGUACACAGUACACCUAAGGUUCAAGGCUACCAACAAUGUGGCAGGUACAAACAUGUUUUAUUCAUUUCUCAAGCAAAUAAAACUGUCAUGUGCUAACAAUGUAGCAGAAUAUGAGGCCCUCUUAACAAGACUCGAAAUUGCGAUAGAAGUAAAGGCGGAAAAGUUAAAAAUCCAUAGUGAUUCCCAACUGGUCACUAGCCAAGUUCUGGGACAAUUCCAGACCAAGGACCAAAACAUGGCGAAAUACAUGGCAAGAGCGAAGGAACAACUCAAGAAGAUUGAAAAAAGCGGAGGACAAUGGAAAAUAAUACCCAUCCCCAGAGAAGAGAACACCAGAGCAGACGCAAUAGCCAAAGCAGCAGCAAUGAAAAGCCAGCUAUAUGUUUCACUGCAGAUGAAAGAAGAGCGGAUGACGCCAACAAUAGAGGAGCAGUUGGUGUUACCAGUCGCAGUACUUGACCCAUGGAUGCAACCCAUAGUGGCAUAUUUGGCGGACGGAGUCCUACCUGAAGGACGCACCGAAGCGGCUAAGCUGGUUCGAAUUUCCUCUGUUUACUCAUUAAUAGAGGGAGCACUGUAUCGGACCUCAGUCACACACCCAUGGUCUAAAUGCAUAUCACUGGAAGAAGGAAGCUACGUCCAUAGAGAAAUCCAUAAAGGAGAAUGUGUAGCUCACGAAGGCGCAAUCACUUUAUACAGGAAAGCAAUGUUGCAAGGAUUCUAUUGGCCCACGAUGAAGAGAGACGCCGAAGAGAUGGUCAAGAAGUGUGAUAAGUGUCAGAGGUUUGGGUCACUCAUCAGAACCCCAGCCGCUCACCAGUCAACUAUUGGAAUCCCUUGGCCUUUCAUGAUUUGGGUAGUAGACAUACUGGGACCUUUUGUCCCAACUAGAGGACAAGUAAAGUUUGUAGUAGUCGCAGUCGACCAUUUCACCAAAUGGAUAAAGUCAAAAGCAAAACAAAACCACACAUUAACAUGUCACAGGUUUGGCACUCCACACGCACUAGUCACAGACAACAUGAAGCAAUUUGACUGCGCCAGCUUCAGGGAUUUCUGCACUGAGCUAGGAAUUCUCUUAAAAUUCUCCUCAGUAGCACACCCGCAAACCAACAGACUAACAGAAGUCACAAAUCGCACCAUCCUUUCUGGAAUAAAGAAGAGGCUAGGAGACUUAAAAGGGAGAUGGAUUGAUGAGCUUUAUCAUGUGAUCUGGGCCUAUCGAACCACCCCCAGAAAAGCAACAGGGGAAACCCCAUUCCGCCUCACGUACGGCACCGAAGCAGUUCUCCUAGUAGAACUAGGGAUGCCUACCUUACGGGUUCAGGUCUUAGACGAAGACCGCAAUGAGGAGUCCCUGAGGCUAUGCCUUGACCUCCUCGAAGAAAGAAGACAGCAGGUAGCAGUCCGAGCUGAAGCGUAUCGCAGGCAAAUUGCCAAGUAUCACAACGCCCGAGUCAAAGAAAGGAAGUUUGAAGAAGGAGACUUAGUCCUAAAGAAGUCAGAAAUUGGCAGAGGAGCCGCCAGAGUUGGAAAAUUAGAGGCCAACUGGGACGAUCCAUAUCGCGUAGCAGCAGUAGUCGGAAAGGGAGCAUACAAAAUAGCUCACCUAGAUGGGACUCCAUUACCCCGAACUUGGAAUGUUGAAAAUCUGAAGCUAUACCUUCAAUAA